AGAAACAUGAGCGAAAGAAUAUUGCGCUUUAUGGUGUAUGACAAAUACAACUUAUCAGAUGAUCACGCCGUCAGUGUCCGGUACUGCGGGUGUGAGAGACCAGAGAUGUGUAGUUUCAACAAUGACGUUGACGAUACUGCAGAAUGCAGAUGCUCAAAUCAAUACACGAAUGGCGCAUUCUGCGAAAUCCAUACAAAUCCCUGUGAAGUAAACAGGUGCUACGAUCAGCCCGCUUGCAAACAUUCGGAAUUCAGUGGAAACCCGUGCUCAUCUUGUCCUCUAGGAUUAUAUGAAGAAUUUAUGGGGCAUACACAGCAUUGUAUAGAUUUAAACGAAUGCGACGAUACCAAAAUCCAUGACUGCGAACACGACUGCCUAAAUUUUGUGGGAUCAUAUAUAUGUUCGUGCCAUGCAGGCUAUUCUUUAAACGAGGACAACAGGACAUGUUCAGAUAUUAACGAAUGUCAUGGAGACACGCAUGUGUGCACGAAACAACACGAGAUGUGCCAGAACCUGCCAGGAAAUUAUUCUUGCGUUUGCGAUACAGGAUAUAGCAGAAGUACACUUGAUGCUGAUUGCAAUCCAACAGCCUCAUCCGUAUUAUUUGGCAAGUUGAGCUACAGCAUCGAAACCAGCAUCAAUAUCAACAUAUCACGCGUAGAAAAGGAAAUACUUUUACAGAAUGCUGGUAUUGACGCCGGACAGCUCUCCAAUGGAAAUCCUUUGAUAGAGCUGUUAAGACAACUGGGUUGUGCUCCUGGCCAGACAAAAAACAGUCGAUCAGGUCUUAUAGAUGACGUUGGGGCAAAUAAAAUACCAUAGGUUUGAGUAUAGGUUGGAUGUUACAAACAUGUAAGACUGAUGGACAAUCAUUAACAAUGUAUAUGUGUUUUUUAUACAAGCUGUUGAUGAAUGUAUAAUAAUUGGAAAUGAUUACUGAGUAUUUGAAAUACAGACCAUAUGAACAACUACUUCAUUAAACGGGAUUAAAACAGGAUAAGAAUAUCGGUGGUCUUAGUUUUGAAUAUUAAUAUACAUUUACUGGUUAUUGUGGUUUGAAUACUUAUAUUUUAUUGAGCAUGUUGUUUUAUCAAAUGCAAUUCAUCACACGUGUGUCUCCAAUAAUUCUUAUAGCUAUACUCAUCUACGAUUUUCGUGCAUGAAUUAAUUGAAUUCAGUCUAAGAAGGCAAUACAAAUAGCAAUAUAAAUGCAUCAACGUACGUGUACAAGAAGAAUCAUAUUAAAUCAUUUAAAAUCAUUUUAAACGAUUCCCUUACAUAAAGGUCU